UUUUCACUUAACAAUUAAUUGAAUCAUUUGAACCAUUUGAGCUCGUAAAUAUUGGACAUUGUAUCACGAACCCAAAUACGCGGUCUGAUUCACCAAGCCUCGGUUGGACUAAGCAUGUUUCAGGUUACGCGUAGGUCUUUAAGUCUCAGUCGCGAGUUAACCUUGUGGAAUGCAUUUCGACAAUUUUCGUCCACACCUGUUGCUUCUGCUAGUUUGAAAGAUAUAAUGGCUGACCUAAUACCUAAAGAACAAGCAAAAGUAGCAUCUUUUAGAAAGGAAUACGGUUCCACAAAAGUCGGUGACGUUACUGUCGAUAUGAUGUAUGGCGGUAUGCGGGGCAUCAAAGGUUUAGUCACCGAAACAUCUGUACUGGAUGUUAAUGAAGGGAUUCGAUUUCGUGGUCUUUCAAUUCCAGACUGUCAGAAACAGCUUCCAAAAGCUCCUGGUGGACAUGAGCCGCUUCCAGAAGGCAUCUUCUUUCUCCUACUGACAGGAAAAGUUCCAACCAAAGCACAAGUGGAUGAUAUUUCAAAAGAAUUCGCAAACCGAGCUGACCUCCCAUCUCAUGUUCUAAACAUGCUAGAUAAUUUUCCAUCAUCUCUUCAUCCUAUGAGUCAACUGGUAGCAGCUUGUGCCGCUCUAAAUUCAGAAUCAAAGUUUGCACGAGCCUAUUCACAAGGUAUCAAGAAAAGUUUGUAUUGGGAGUACGUUUACGAAGAUUCUAUGGAUUUGAUUGCCAAGCUUCCAACUGUGGCUUCUAUAAUUUACCGUAAUUUGUACCGGGAUGGUACUUCUGUAACUGCUAUCGACUCUAAUACGGACUGGUCCCAUAACUUUUGUCGUAUGCUUGGUUAUGAGGACCCUGGAUUUACCGAAAUGAUGCGUCUUUACCUAACCUUCCACUGUGAUCAUGAGGGCGGUAAUGUUAGCGCACAUUCCUGUCACUUGGUGGGUAGUGCACUUUCCGAUCCAUACCUUAGUUUUGCCGCAUCUAUGUGUGGCUUGGCUGGACCUUUGCAUGGAUUGGCCAACCAAGAAGUAUUAGUCUUCUUGAAUAAAAUGCAAGAGAAAGUCGGCAAAAAUCCAACAGACGAACAAGUUAAACAGUAUGUAAUGGAUACGCUUAAUGCCGGACAGGUCAUUCCCGGCUAUGGUCAUGCUGUUCUUAGAAGAACGGACCCCAGAUUUACUUGUGCACAAGAAUUUUGUGAAAGGCAUUUUCCAAAUGAUCCUCUGUACAAACUAGUUGCUCAAUUGUAUAAUGUUGUUCCUCCAAUCUUGACAAGUCUUGGCAAAGUUCAAAAUCCAUGGCCUAACGUGGAUGCACAUAGUGGUGUUUUGCUCCAGCAUUAUGGUCUUACUGAAAUGCAAUAUUAUACAGUUCUAUUUGGAGUUUCUCGAGCAUUAGGUGUUUUAGCCUCGUUAAUUUGGGAUAGAGCAUUAGGCUUGCCAAUUGAACGACCCAAAUCUUUAUCUACUGAAGCAUUAAUGAAAUUGGUGAAUGAUAUUGGACGUAAACAAGGUUAAAUAUAGUUUAUUCAACUCGGAUCCAUAUUUGUUCUUAUUGGACAUUUUCAGUAAGGUUAUUUCUCCACUUUCUAAUAUUUUCCACUUCAAACUUAAGAACAAAUCAUCUUAAUAGUUAGUCAAAACUACUUUUUUUUUGUUUUAUUCUCCAUUUAUAUCUUACUGCAUAACACAAUACAUAUGGUUAAUUCUUUUAAGUAGAAAAGAACAUUUUAACAACUUAUUCAAUUGUUUAUGUUUUGUUUGUUUUAUGUAAUUGUAGAAUUGACCUUUUAACCAGUUUUAGUAUUCUUAAAAAUGAUGUAUAUUCAUACAGGAAAUAUAUAUUCAUCUAAUGAAAAUAU